AUGGCAACAGGAGUAACAAAAACAGCCCGCCGUCGUAUAUCGCCUCGGUCUCUUUCAAAAUGUCAAACAGAGCGUGCUCGAAAAGCAAAAAUGAUUUCAAAGUCUUUAUUUGGAAUGUCAAAUAAAGCAGAGUUAAAAGAACAUCUCAAAGCCACAGGCAAUGAAUCAAAAGCUUCCAAACAGUGGGAGUUUGACUUUGAUUUGGGAAAGCCGGCCAAGUACCAAAAGAAUUUCUCCUGGGAAGCAAUGCCUUGUGAUGAAGUUCCAAAAGUUUAUCAUGUUAAUCAUAUCAAACGCCUCUAUUCACAUGCACAGAACAAAAACUUUGAGGGACAACUUCCAAAACUUAGGUAUUAUCAUCAUAUUAAGAAAGUUGAACCUUAUGAGGAAAAUAACAACAAAAUCAUAUCCGUGAAAAAUCAACCGAUAACUGCUAGCAGUAAAAAGAACGGAAGCAACGGUCAAAUGAAAAUUACAGAUUUCCUCAAAGAAAAGAAACGACCAACUGUAACUACAAAAAAGAAAAACUAA